UCUCAUCGUACACAUUACACAAUUAGAAAACCCAAACAUAUCUCAGCAGGCCAGCAGCCAUUGAUGAACGCAGAGGAACUCAUGAAGCUCUUUGAUUAUUGUUGGUUUGAGAGUCAAAUCUUCACAAAACAACCAAAUCUAACAAAGCCAUCAAGUUUUGAAGCAAACCCAGAAAACGAAAUCCGAGAAAAACCAUCAGAACCUCAGAUUUCACGCAUCUCUACCCUCCAUACUAGGUCCAUGAGUGACCAAUUGAGCUCCAACACAAGCUUCGGAAAUUGCUCUUUAUUUCCUAACUCGGUCCUCCACACUUCAAAGCUCGAUACCAACCUUUCAGAAAAAGAGGUCACAGAAUCAGAGACACCAAAACAGAGAGAUUUUGAAGUAUUAUCGUCCAAAAUGAAGGUUAAAAGAAGUGCUAGUAGGAGGAAAAGUGGUGAAAGCAAGAGCUUAUCAGACCUUGAAUUUGAAGAGCUAAAAGGGUUUAUGGAUUUGGGUUUUGUUUUUUCUGAAGAAGAUAGGAAUUCAAGCUUGGCUUCAGUCAUUCCUGGAUUGCAUAGAUUGGGAAAGAAAGAUGAUGAAGAAGAGGCAGUGGAUGAGUCUACAAUUCCAAGGCCUUAUCUUUCUGAAGCUUGGGAGGUUUUAGAUAGGAGAAAGAGAGAAAACCCAUUGAUGAAUUUGAGGGUUCCAUUUCCUGCUUUGAACAAUGAGACUCGCAUGAAAGACACUCUAAGAUUGUGGGCUCAUACUGUUGCUUCCACUGUGAGAUAAUGUAAACAUUCUUGUUAAGGUUUUGCUUCUUUAUAUUUUUUCCCUCAAUUUUUGAUACAAAAUUGUAGACUUUUGUAGGUAAAUUUUGAUAUUUUUGCUUCUUGUUUUCCUUUGUAUACAAGUUUUAAUAAAUGUAGAACAAAA